AUGGAGGGCCUCAGGAAGACCUUAUCUUCAGGCAGCCCUGUGAGGCCCCUCAGCAAGACGGGGGCCCCGUCAUCACCAGCAACAGCUCCUGCUGCUGCUGCUGCUGCUGCAGCAGCAGCAGAGGGGCCCCACAGCCCCCCAUCCAGGCGGGGCGCAGGCAAGCAAUGUGGGCGGCCCCGGUCGCACUCGAGCCCCUAG